CUCGAUGGAUCCCAUCUACGACCUGACUACCCGCAUCCGCAGAUUCAUGUCUCGCUGAGAUUGACGAUGCUAUGCAGGAAACAGUUAGCGACGUGCUGUUGACUGAUCUCUGUGCGAUUUGUCACGUCAAUCCCAUUAAGUACACUUGCCCUCGAUGUGGAAUCCACACAUGCUCCCUGCCAUGCGUCAAGCGUCACAAGUCCUGGGCACAGUGCUCAGGCAUUCGAGACCCUACCGCCUACCGGAAGCGAGCUGAUUUAGCCACACCGGCCUCUGUCGAUCAAGAUUUCAACUUUAUUACUUCCGUCGAAAGAUCCCUGGCGCGCGCAGACGAGCUUACUCAAAGUAAGGGGAUUGACUUGGUCCCCAGUGGUAUCGUACGAAAGGGCCAGGAGGCUAGACGAAAGUUUGAUGCCGAGCUCGAAGAGAGAGGAAUAUGCUUGAUCAAGGCGCCCAAAGGAUUGUCGAGAAACAAUCAGAACAAGUCGCAUUGGGCGGGCCAUGGAAAGUGUAUCAUGUGGACGACUGAAUGGUUGUGUCACGAUGGCGACAAGAGGAUCUGCAAUGUGCUUGAGUCGAGGACCGUCGAGGAAGCAUUUCUGGGUGCAUUUGGGAAACACGCCGUCAACCGCAAGAAACGCAAGCGAAGUGAUGCUGAAACAGGGUCAGUCUCAGCUCCUCACCCCGACGAUCAACCUACUCGGCCUGUCACUGCCGGAGAAAUUGAUGGAGGAACCUCGCACACUGGGAAUGUGGAAGGAAAUCCUGCAAAUCCAGAAUCCGAAUCGGCCGCCCUCGAACCUGUCACGGACCAGACCGACACCGACACGACUCAUGGCCCGACACGAAGGACUGGCCAGCAUCCGCAAACUUCGCGUUCAUCACAGAACCUCAAGUUUUAUCUAUUGAAGCCGAACACGAUCUCGAAAGUGAAAUGUUUGAUUCCUGUUGCUUCGGACUCAAAGCUGGUUGAUGCUCUUCGCAAUCAGACCAUCCUAGAGUUCCCGACUUUCUAUGUUCGACAAGAAGCCCCCCAGGAUUUGCCUGCUCCUUUCAUCACCGAAAAAAAUUAUGAAGAAAAGUAUGGGACAGAAUUAUCGAUCAACCUGCCGACCUACGCCAGCGAGGACAAAGCAGAUGAAGAACACAUUGUUUCUUUGGACAACAUCGACGAGAAGAAGGUACUGGAAGUCCUUCAAAAAGACCUGGAUGGCUGAGUCCACUUUAUCAGAUCUAUGAAUAUCCUCAACCCAGUUUACCUGGGACAAAAGGAUGUCCAGCACUCAGUCCACCGCAUACGGCCCAGGCUUGGCCAUUGACAUAGCUAGCCUCGUCACUUCCCAAGAACAAGGCGACUCUAGCAACCUCGUCGGCCACCGCGCCUCUCUGCAGCGGAUUCAACUGGCCAAUCUUCUUCUCGGUGCCCCGGCCUCGUGCUGCAUCAUACAUGGGUUUGGUCAUACCAGUCUCGAUCACACCUGGGCAGAUGGCAUUGACCCUCACGCCUGUCCCACUUAACUGAUAGGACAUCGUCUGUGCCAUCGAUACCACGGCAGCUUUGCUGGCCGAGUAGUCCGUGCCCCCAGCAUUCGACCGGAUCCCAGCCACCGACGCCGUGCCAAUGAUGCUUCCUCCAGGAUAUUUCUUCUCGGGAGACGUCUUCUGCAUGGCAAUGGCGGCAUAUUUGAAACAGAGAAAUACACCCAGUGCGUUAACCCUCAUCGUCCUCAUAUAUGCCUCGCUCGAAAUAUGUUCAAACGUAUUGGGGACACCCGAGAUGCCAGCAUUUGCAAACAUGAUGUCCAGUCUGCCGUAUUUUGCCAGGCAUUGAUCCACAACGGCUUUCACCUGAGAUUCUUCGCCGACGUCCAUUUUCACACAGUGGACCUCGCAUUCGGGAUAUAGGGACGCCAGUUCCCGCUUGUGCAUUUCCAAAUACUUGUCAUCGUAGUCGCAAAUAUAGACCGCCUUUGCGCCGUUCUGGGCGUAUUGGUGUGCCGACGCUCGACCAAUGCCGAUGGGAGAGUUG